CUGGGACCGCGUAGACGGGCCCUGGGCGAUACUAAAGACCACGUAGACGGGCCCAGGGGAGACAAGAGGACGGAAUAAACUGGCCCUGGAACCGCGUAGACGGGCCCUGGGGGAGGCACAAGACGGCACAGUCGAGCCCUGGGAAAUGUCAGGACCUCAUAGACGGCUCUAAGAAUCUCCUAGGAAGGCCCGAGGGCAGGACGUGGGCAGUCAAGCAGGGCUGCCCCCUGGCUUUGUCCCUGUGAGUGAGCAGAGCUUGGCGGUUCUAACAUGGCAGAUGAGGGUUUGGCCGGGCUGGAUGAAGGAGCCCUCCGGAAGCUGCUCGAAGUCACACUGGACCUGGCCGAACGGCGCCGGAUCCGAUCGGCCAUCCGGGAGCUGCAGCGGCAGGAGCUGGAGCGCGACGAGGGGGCCUUGGCAUCCAAGCGCUUCCGGGCAGAGCGGCUGGAGAACAAGGAGAACUGGCUGCACUCCCAGCAGCAGGAGGAGGAGCAGCGGGCAGCUCUUGCCCUGCUGUCGGGGAAGCUUGAGUCCAUCAGCGACGUGGAGGAACUGACCACACUGCUGCGGGCGGCCGGUGAAUACGAGGAACGGAAGCUGAUCCGCGCUGCCAUCCGCCGGGUGCGCGCCCAGGAGAUCGAGGCGGCCACCCUGGCAGGGAGGCUGACCAGCUCCCACGAGGACAGUGAAGGAAGGGCAGCCAGGAGGCGGGCACGUCAGGAGGCCAGGGAGCGGGAACAGCAGACUGAACCAGCGCAGACUCAGGCCCCGAGUAGCCAGUGGCAAGAAGAAACCCCCCGCUCGGAGCUGGAUGACAUGGCGGCUGGGCCCCUCCUGCUGCUGGAUGCUGUGGGCCCAACACCCCCUAGCCUGCCCAGCCCACCCUCCACGCCCGCAUCCUUGGAGCCAGCCCAGUGCCUGGUGGCGGCAGGUGGCGAGGAGGCCAGUGAGAGGCCCCCGAGGUCCUUCCCAGAGGAAGAGCCAGAUGCCGGGAGUCCCCCCAGAGCCACAAGCCCCGAGGAGCCCCAGCCUUCGGCCCCCCAGAGCCCAAGCCCCUGCCUAGCCCAGCCGAGGGAGUGCAUGCCAGUCCGGCUUGGAGGCAGUGAUGUCCAGAGUAACAAGCUGGGCCCGGGCCAAAAGAAGCCGGCGGCAGAGAGAGUGGUCGGGACCCCUGAUAGGAAGACAGCUGUGCCCUCUCUCCACCAGCCCGGUCCCCGCUCUUGCCAACGCUCCCUGUCGCUGCUCACCCCCCGCAGGGCUCAGGCCACAGAGUCGUCCAAGGCCGGCCCUGCCAGCCCCUCCCCUUUCCAGAGGACCAGUUCUGUCCGGGACCGGGUCCGCAAGUUCACAUCUUCUGAGUCACCUGCCCCCCCAGGCCCGAGCCCACGAGGGGACCCCCCAGGGGCCCGAGCUCCCCAGCAACAGCGGCUCCUCAGCUCCGUGGAGCGGGUGGCCCCAGGACCCCUCCGAGCAAGUGAGCAGCGCCCUGGACUCCCGGGCAGCAUGAGAGGAGAGUCAGGCCUUUCCUCCUUCUCCUCUUCCGUCACCUCCAGGAUCACCAGCAGCAGCACCCACACCUCCUCCUGGCAAGGAGAGCCCCAGAUUGUCAGAGUCGGGGCCAGGCAUCGGGACUGUCCCAAGGAGGAGGGCCUGGGGGGGCGGAGCCUGGCCACGUCACAGGGGAGGCCCCUUGAAAACAGAGAGAGGGGGCCCCUGCUGGGCUCAGAGGAGCCCGGCACUCUGCCCGUCACCGUCCCACAGGCUGAGCAGGGCAGCUGGACUCCACCGUCCCGCACCUCUGGGGAGGCCAGCAUGAAGACCACCUUCACCAUCGAGAUCAAGGAUGGCCGAGGCCAGCCCAUCAGCAGCCGGGUGCUGGGCCCCGUGGGCAACCAGAGGGCAGAGCUGACGCUGGGGCUCAGAGGUACCCCCAUGCACUUCAGUGGCAGCAGCACCAGUGUGGGAACCAUCAGUCAUGUCAGCUCCCCCAGGACUGUCAGUCAUGUGAGCACCCCCAGAGCCGUCAGCACCCCCGGGAGCAUCAGCACCCCCAGAACUGUCAGUGCCCCUGGGAUCAUCAGCACCCCCAGGGCCGUCAGCACCCCCAGAACUGUCAGCACCCCCGGGACUGGCACACGUGUGGGCAGUACCACCCACAUCAUGAGUGUGGGCCGCAUCAACAAGAUGGAUGCAGAGACGGUGGUGGAGACCCCCACCACGGUGGAGCUGGAAGUGGACGUGGCCAAUGGUGUGGAGAAGAGUCGGCCGGGGAAGGAGCCAGAGCCCCAGCCUCAGAGCAAACUGCGCCCAGAGGAGCUGGCGACCAUAGAAGAUGAGAACGUCCUGGACAGGAUGCUGGACCAGACCACAAACUUUGAGGAGAGGCGGCUGAUCCGGGCUGCCCUCCGGGACCUCCGGCAGAAGAAGAGAGACCAGCGGGACCGAGAAAGGGAGCAGCGUCUCCAGGAAGCCCGGGCCCGGCCAGGGGAGGGCCGGGGCAGCACGGCCACAGAGACCACCACUCAGCAGAGCCAGAAGUCGGCCGAUGGGUCAGCCAUGAGGACUGUCACCAAGACGGAGCGGCUCGUCCAGUCUAAUGAUGGCAGCCAGACCUCCCGGACCACCACGGUGGAGUCGAGCUUUGUGAAGCGAUCUGAGAAUGGCGGCAGUAGGACCGUGGUCCAGACCAAGUCUUUCAGUUCCUCGUCCAAGAAGAUGGGCAGCAUCUUUGACCGUGAGGAUGAGACCCCGUCGCGGGCUGGCAGCCUGGCAGCGCUGGAGAGACGCCAGGCAGAGAAGAAGAAGGAACUGAUGAAGGCGCAGAGCUUGCCCAAGACGUCUGCCUCCCAGGCCCGCAAGGCUAUGAUCGAGAAGCUGGAGAAGGAGGGUGGCGGUGGUGGCAGUGGCGGCGGCAGCCCUGCUGGCUCCAGGGGGGCAGUGCAACGCUCUUCCAGUUUUGGGGUGCCCAACGCCAACAGCAUCAAGCAAAUGUUACUGGAUUGGUGCCGAGCGAAGACCCGAGGCUAUGAGCAUGUCGACAUCCAGAACUUCUCAUCCAGCUGGAGUGAUGGAAUGGCCUUCUGUGCUCUGGUGCACAACUUCUUCCCUGAAGCCUUUGAUUACGGGCAGCUGAACCCCCAGAACCGGCGCCACAACUUUGAGGUGGCCUUUUCGUCAGCAGAGACUCACGCUGACUGCCCCCAGUUGCUGGACACAGAGGACAUGGUGAGGAUGCGCGAGCCAGACUGGAAGUGCGUUUACACGUACAUCCAGGAGUUUUACCGCUGCCUGGUUCAGAAGGGGCUGGUAAAAACCAAAAAAUCCUAACCCCCCCAGCUGAGAGACCCACGGGUGCUGGUGGACUGCGUGCCCCUGGUGGACGUGGAAGACAUGAUGAUCAUGGGCAAGAAGCCGGACCCCAAGUGUGUCUUCACCUACGUACAGUCCCUCUACAACCACCUGAGACGCCACGAGCUGCGUUUACGGCAAAAAGAACUCUAGGGUGGCCC